GUGUACUUUAGUGCAUCUCACCUGCAAUUAACUUUCUAAUUAGCCUCUGAAUUUUGUUGCAAUGGUGAGAGUAAGGCCUGAGAUGGGGAAGUAUAAUGUGAUAAUAAUGGUGGUGCUGUUAAUGGAUGCAAUAAUUGCUAGAGGGCAGUGGACAUUUGGAGGAGGAGGAGAUGGUUUAAGCAUGAAUUAUUAUAUUAUGAGUUGCCCCUUUGCAGAGGGGAUUGUUAAGGACAUUGUGAAUAGGCACUUGCAGUUUGAUCCUUCUCUUGCUGCUGCACUUGUUAGAAUGCACUUCCAUGAUUGUUUCAUUCAGGGAUGUGAUGCAUCAAUCUUGAUAGAAUCAACGAAGGGAAACAAAGCAGAAAAGGAUUCACCUGCAAACUUGAGCUUGAGAGGUUAUGAAGUCAUUGAUGAAGCAAAGGAAGAGGUUGAGAGGCAAUGCCCGGGAGUCGUUUCUUGUGCUGAUAUUAUAGCCAUGGCAGCCAGAGAUGCGGUUUUCUUUUCUGGGGGACCAGUUUAUGACAUACCUAAAGGAAGAAAGGAUGGAAGAAGGUCAAGAAUUGAGGACACUAGAAAUCUACCAUCUCCCACUCUCAACACUUCUGAGCUUAUCAAGAUGUUUGACCAGCAUGGCUUUAGUGCUCAAGAAAUGGUGGUUUUGUCUGGUGCACACACCCUAGGAGUGGCAAGGUGCUCCUCAUUCAAGCACAGACUAAGCAACUUCGACACGACUCACGAAGUGGAUCCAUCGAUGGAGGCUCAGUUCGCCCAGACGCUGUCGAGAACGUGCAGUGCAGGCGACACUGCAGAGCAGCCGUUCGACUCGUCCAGAAACUCUUUCGACAACGAUUACUUCUAUGCCUUGAUGAGGAAGAACGGCGUUCUCUUCUCCGAUCAGACCCUGUAUUCCAGCCCCAGAACUAGAGGCUUCGUCAAUGGCUACGCCAUGAACCAGGCCAUGUUCUUCUUCGAUUUCCAGCAAGCUAUGGUGAAGAUGGGAACACUGGAUGUCAAAGAUGGUUCUAAUGGAGAAGUACGAGGGAACUGUCGAGUAAUCAAUUAGUAUUAACAGUCAUAGAUAGAUAGAACCUGUCAACUGUCAACUGUCAAGCCCCAAAUGUUGUCUCGCUUACAUUUUCCUUGUGUAGAUACCUUGUACUGUUAUUUCAACUUUCAACUAUGUAUUAUAGGUAGAUGCCCUGUCAUGUGUAUAGCACAGACCUGAAAAGGAAUGCAAAAUAAAUCACUUUGAUAAUGUUGUGGCCAA